AUGCCACUUAUGUACUUCUCCGGUGAAGACAGCAAUGAUAUUACCUUCGAUGAACCAACCAGGAAUCGUCUUGUGGUGGAUCCAACAUUAUUUGCUGGUGUCCAGAACGAUGAAGAACAAAAUGUUAGGGUCUUUUUGGAUACUCAUUUGUUAAAGAUUCGGAGGAGAGGAGAUUUAGUAGAGCAUUCUCCAGACAAAUUCGUGAGCAAGAACCAUGCAUCCAUAGGCGUAGGCGUCGAACCUGAUUUAUCGGCAUUAGCCUAUAUUACUGAUGCAAUGAUUAAUGCUGAAUUCAGAGAGAUGAGUAGUGAGGAAUUUAAAAGUAGCUAUCUUGCUCCUCUUGAAAAUGGUAUCAGAGGGCAGAACUUUUCUAUAUGGCCUUUGCUGCGUUCAUAUCCUUAUCCAUUGGGAAAUCCUCAACGUGUGGAGAAUCAUAUCCAAGAUUAUUUUAGUGAAACAAUAAGAGGACCAAUAAAGGACCUUUACCGAGAUAUUUGUGGUGUUCACCACUAUUUUGGCAGUGCCUCAUAUUUAAGACCACAUUUGAAUACAGAUAUAUUUAUCCAUUUCGCUGAAUACGAAUCAGAAGAUGGGCGUUUUCCUGAACUUUGUUUCGGGUUAGGUGAUUACAAAACUGAAAAUUACUAUUUGUCACAAGGAUUUGAAGAAUUUAAAGUAGCUAUAGAAGGCUUUAGGCGAAUGGAUCAACAGACAGAAUAUUUAUUUCAAUGUACACAUUGGAAUACUAGCAUGUUAUUCGCUUUAGUUCUAAGUAAAUAUUUUUACGAAGCAUUCCUCUGUGGCACAAAUAGAGUUCUAAUCUCAAACCAUCAAUCAUUUUCAGGGUUUUUUAAAUAUGAUAUUGUUGAAGGUCAAAUGUCCGUAGAUUACUAUAUCAUUAGUGACCCAGAAACUGUUGCACAUGGAAUUACUUUAAGGUCGGCAAUGGCCGGCUUUUUCUACCAAACAGAGGAUGAUGCAAUUGAGACUCAAAAUAGGUUAAGCAAAUAUCUCAGUAUAGCGCACACGGCCAAGAAGUCGGACCCGUUACUUAACGUGCGUCCUAAAUCUCUCAGUCACCCUUCAAUGAGAUCAUUUCAUACAGUAUCUGAAGCGGCUGAUAAAGAAAACGUCCGCGAGAUCCAGGACAAAAUGUAUGGCAACACAUAUUGUCGAGUAAUUUACGAUUCUGCAAAAUGUUAUCCUAGUUUGUCAGUGCACCUCCCAUCCACAGUGUUUGUCAAAUUGUACUAUUACUCUAGUCGGUUAUGGAGACAGAAUGAUUUGACAUGUUUUGGUAUUCCUGAUAGAAAAAGCUACUAUGAUAUGUUCUUCAAUGAAGUUUUAAUUAAUGAAGAAAUUGCAAAAUCUCAGUUUGCUUCGAAUUUUCCAAAGCUUUUUGUUUCAGGGUAUUGGAAUGGGCUUACUGACCACCCAGUGCAUAUAUUUGAAUAUCUAGGAAAAGAAAUACCAGAAGAGCAAUGGGACGAGAGAAAGAUUUAUGAGGUUAUUAGAUUAAGGCUCAAGGAACUCCAUCUGUUGAGAAUCUCACAUAAUGACAUACAGAGGAGCAACAUUCAUGUUUCAGAGUCAGGUAAAAUUACCUUAAUUGACUUUGGAUUAUCGAAGUUCCCAUGUAGUGAAGCAAGUAAACAGGAUGACCUUGAGUCUCUUGAGAACAUAUUUGAGGUGAAUAGGUCUACUAGUAAGAAAGAAGAGGCUGAGCAAGUCAAUCCAGAUAUAACGAAAAGCCAGGUUGCAGUUAAUGACAAGGUUGAUACUACUCAUAAUGAUGAAAGUGAUGAAAAUACCUCCUCUGAUUUUGAGCUUGCUGAAAUGAGUUUCGAGUCGCACGAUACGAAAACUACAACUACAACGAAGUAG